GAAGCAAUAGCAAUCAUUGUAGAUGUAGGGCCAUCAAUGAAUCAGGCACCUCCAGGUGCCGCUACAGCCCUUGAAACUUCCAUAGAAGGUGUAAACAUGAUACUGCAAAGAAAGAUGUUCUCAGAGUCAAAGGAUGAAGUUGCACUGAUACUAAUGGGGUCAGCAGAGACAGAUAACCCUUUAGAUGAUGGCCAAUGUUACCAGAACAUUCUCAUCAAACGAGCUCUGGGUGUUGCAGAUUUUCAACUUUUGCAGAUGGUGCAGACCGAACUACAGCCGAGUAACACACCAGGUGACUUCCUGGAUGCCAUCAUUGUGGCCAUUGAUCAUCUAGAGAAUGCCUUGCAAGGGAAAAAGGGCUUCAAGUCGAGAAGAGUGAUUCUCUUUUCUGACCUUGGUGGACCUUUUGGUGACCAGGAGCUGGAGAAGAUUAUUGCAGUUCUGCAGAACACAAAUACGGAACUGAAUGUGAUUGGCCCAAGCCUUGAGGAUGAUGAUGAUAGCGAACAAGGAGGUGAGGGGACUGGGGGUAGAGGUGCAGAUGUCAGACCUAAUGGUGUGAAAAAGGAGAAGACAGCCCAGCAGAGAGCCGGAGAAGCUCUGCUAAAACACAUUCUUGACCAAGUUUCUGGAGAGUGCUACAGUUUUAGUGAGGCUCUGCCAGCACUGAGUUACUUCCAGUCUCGACAGAUCAAGCCCAUUGCCUGGAAAUGUAACCUGAAGAUUGGCAACUUGGACAUCCCAGUGAAUGGAUACGUGAAGGUGAAAGAUUUUAAGCUGAAACAGAGCUGGAAAAGAGUCUAUGCCCAGGACACAGCUGUUGCCCCUGGCACGUUGAGGACCUACCACAUGAACAAUGAGGAGGAAACAGAGGUUGAGAAGGAGGAUAUGGUUGAAGGCUAUCGUUAUGGCAACACCAUCGUGCCCAUGACCGAGGAUGACAAGGAAAAUAUGAAGUACAAAGCUGAGAAAUGUUUGACAGUGUUGGGCUUCACCAAGACAGAAAAUGUGAAGAGACAUCACUAUUUGGGUGAUGGAGUCCUGAGUAUCACUGCUGAAAAAGGUGAUGAGGUCAGUGCCAGCUUACAACUUAUUUCAGGCAAACAAAUUAAAGAAGCUAUAUCAGAAUGUAGCAGCUCAGCGCCAAGAAUAGGAUGUCUCUUUCCUCACAUCAAGGCCAAGUACGAGUGCCUAUUUUGGGUGGAACUGCCUUUUGCAGAGGACAUCAGGACCUUCACCUUUGGUAGCCUUCCUUUGACUGAAGAAGUCACGGUCAACAAGAAGUACAAACCUACAGUUGAGCAGUUAAAAUGUGUGGAUGAUUUGAUUACAAGUAUGGAUCUCAGCCAGGCACAAGAAAAUGAGGAUGGUGAAACUGAGGAGGCCCUGAAACCAAAGAUAACCUUUAACCCCUACUUCCAGAGAGUUUAUCAGUGCCUGCAACACCGAGCUCUCCACCCAGACGACCCCCUCCCUGAACUAUCACCACUUAUCUCUCACUAUCUGGAACCACCUUCAGGGAUGGUUGCCAACAUCCUGCCUAUCCUGGAUAAACUGAAAAAAGUCUUCAAGCUGGAGGUUGUGGAGAGGAAGAAAGAGGAGCAGACUGGAGAAGCCAUGUUUAAAGAUGGGGAUACGGAUGCUGAUCCAGUGAAGAAACGUAAAUUGGAUGACAGACUGGUGGGAGGUCUUCAGAAUUUGACCAAAGCUGAUGUCACAGAAGUUGGGACCGUGACUCCCGUUGAUGACUUCCGGUCGCUGAUAACCAGGAAAGAUAGGGAUAUGUUUGAUGAAGCAUGCCAGCAGAUUCAAAAAAGAAUUGAACAGCUAGUGAUUGAUUCAUUUGGGCAGCAGUUUUAUGGUAAAGCGCUCGAUUGUCUCAAGAUUUUACGGCAAGAGUGUCUCCAGAAAUCAGAACCUCACACGUACAACAGGUUUAUUCGCAAGCUCAAGGACACUUUAAUUCCUAAAGGAAAGAGAGAUUUCUGGGACAAGGUCAUUAAAGAAAAACUAAGUCUGAUCACUAAACUAGAAUGUGAGGACAGCGAGGUCACCAUAGAACAAGCACAGACUUUUGCUUCUGGGCAAGUCAAGGUGGAGGAUGACAGUUUGAAACCACAUGAAGAGGAGACAACUGAUGAUCUCUUGGAUCAGCUGUGA